AUGUUGAAGAAAUUGUAAUAAAGAUUUGGAAAAGAAAAAUAUCAAGAAAUGGAUGAUGAAAAGAAUAAUAAAUAACAAGAUUCAUCAUUUUCAUAGUUUAAUGCAACAUUAUAAUUAAACUAAUUAGAUAACAAUUGUUGUAAUAAACUACAAUAUCUAAGCAAUUAAUAAUAAUCAAGAUUAGAUGAUUGUUAUGACAGAUAGAACAUAAAUUGAUUUCACUAAAGCACUCAUUCCAGAAGAACUUCAAUAACAAAUGUAGGAAGAAGAAAUUAAAGAAAUUGCUAUUUAAAAUAAUAAUAAGAAGUAUAAGAAACCAAUUAAAAAUGAUGAUUUACCUGAAUUUUUAUCUAAAAAAAUAUGUUUAGAUGAAAACGGAGAAAAUUAUUAUGAGAUAGCAGCAAAAAAAGCUAAAGAAUAAAAUAGUACUUUGUUUUAAUUAAAACAUUAUGUAUCCACCAAAGCUAAUAAUGUUUAAUAAUAGGUCAAAGUAAAUAUUGUAUUGAUAUACACAUAGAAUACUCUUAAAAAAUUAGAUGCUCAUGUUAAAAAGAAAAUUUUAGAAAAAAAACAACAUAUCAAUCUUUGGAUUGCUGGAUAAUUAGAUGCUAAAAUUGUAUCUUUAAUGAGUAACAUGGAACCAAAAAUAACAGAAAGUGUAAAAAAAUCUGUUCCUUUUGAUUUUAUGUAAAACUUUAUGCAUGACACAGCUAUCAAUUUAUGGAAAGACUUUACAGAUUUAGUAAGAUUAGAAAUUAGAGCAAAACUGGAUACUAAAAAAGUAGAAAUUAAAAAUAGAAAUGUUAAUGGUCCUUUAAAUUACAUUAAAAAUUUUAUUUUAUAUUCCCUUUAUCCUGCAGAUCUCACUACUCGAGAUCAUAUGAGUAGAAUUUCAUACAAAAUAAUCAAAUUAUCACAAUUUACACCAUACAUGGGAAUUUAACCAUUCAUCUUUUCUAUUAUUUUACUUUGUAUAAAUAAAGUAAAUAUUUAAUUUUAUUAGUUUAGGAAGAAUAUUAAUUAGUUAAUUACAUAGCAGAUUAUAAAUCAAUAUAAUUUAUAACUAAUGGAUUAUUUUCUUGUCUAAUUGCUUAUUUCUAUUAAUUUUUCUAUGAUUAAGCACCAGGCCAACACCAUUCAAUAUUUGUGCUUUCUAUCACAUUUUUGGCUUAGUUUAUCAAUGUUUGGAUAGCAUUUUUCUUAUUAAAAAGAUCACAUUCUAAAGGAGAUGCUAUUAAAGCAGCAUUAACUAUUGCUCAAGAUGAGAAAGGUGGUAGAUUAAAAUAUUUCCUAAUUUAUGAUUUAAUCUGCUUAAUUCUAAUUAUUAGCGCAUCAAGUAUAUUUCUAGAAUUUAUUUCUAGUUAUUAUUUAUUUAGAACAUACAAUAUAUGAUCCAAAAUAAUCAUUUGGAGAUUUGUUAUUUUUUACAAGAACAAUUUAUGCAUUCUUAAGUUUUCCUUUCAUUAUCUUUAUUUUUCCAUUUUUUGUAAAAUUGUUAACAAACGCAGUUGCCACUGGAUAUGAUAAAUAUGGGAAUUGCAUUUAAGCAUCAAGUUCAAUUUAAAUGAUUUACAAAGAGACAGCUUUAAUGAGAAAAGAAGAUGUAGAUAUUGAAGAAAUUAUUGAUUAAGAUGAUUAGGAAAUUGAUGAUAACAAAGAUUAAUCUAAGAAGAAACAUUAAGGGCUUAAUAAAACUGUUGGAUGA